AUGCAGGCAUUUGGUUCCAGAGAUGCCCUUCUCUACGUCCUUCUCACGACGCUCUACAUAUUCAGCGACAAUAGCUUCUUUGAUGCUACUUGGUUCAUAUUUCUGAACAUCAGCGUAUUCAUUCAGGUGCCAUAUUUAUACCUUUGUAACAGGUACUUCCUUCCCUUCCCCCUUCAAACAAGAGUUUCCCAAAGAGCAACUGGGGCUGAAUUCAUCCUAAUAAAUCUACUUCGAUUGAACCUUAAUCACUUAAGUAAAAGAUGGGGAAAGGAAUUCUUUAAGACAAAGGUAUUCUACUACGUAAAUAGAUGGAGAUACCUUAGAGAAGCAGGAAAUGGAUUAGGGGAUGUAAUGAUGCAAGAGUAUUCGGACGGUGGGUGUUGGUUUCAGAGCCAAAGCAAGAACAAUCGGGCCGUAGACUUAGCAAUUGUGUAUGUGCAUGGUAGCUGGAUAGUGGGAGGUUCCAUUGCCAUAUACGAGGAAUAUCUAACAUCAUUUUGCGUGAAAUUACAAGAAGAAGGGUUCCAAAACCCCAUUGUUUUUGCUCCGCUGAUCUCUACUUCAAGUGAGUUGGAUCUUCUUCUCCCGAGCGCCGUAUCUAAAGUACGGGAUACCGUUGGUGAAGAUUGCCAUGUUGUCCUCGCAGGUGACUCAAUUGGAGCUACAUUGAUCAUGAAUUCAUUGCUAAUGGAAGAUAAGGAACUGCUACCAGCAGUGGCUCUACUAGUAUCUCCAAUCACUCAACUUGACCAGUUCGAUCAAAUUGAGCUGAAAAUCAAUACAGAUUACUUGAGCAUAGAAAACAUCGAGGGUUGGUUGGAGGAAAAAGUGAUUGAGCUCAAUUGCUGUGCACCUGGCAAGGAGAAAUGGUCCUUAGAAAGCAUCCCAAAGUUUGGAAUUGUUAUAAGCUACGGCUCAGAAGAGUGUGUUUCGGGUUAUACGGAAGAUUACAUUAGCAAGUUGAAGAAUAUUGACGGGUGCAAGUUGAAAGUCGAUAAGCAAGUAGCGCAGGUUCACAAUUGGGCCAUUAUAAACUAUUAUACUGAAAGGUUGGUUGAGCACAGAGAGGAAAGCCUUCAAAAGUAUGCCUCUAUAAUUUCACGGUUGCUCUUAUCAGAAACAAAGAGUUACUUCGAAGAUAACGGCGGUAAAGUGAAGAGCAUGAUCUCACUUGAUGAAGAGAGAGUUUAG